AUGCCGAUACUCCGCCACCUGCUGCAGCGCUCGGCGGCGUUCCUGGGCACCACUAAUGGGGAGAUCUCGUCUCAACACAGCGCACGCACUGCGCUUCGCACGCGGGCAGCCCGUUGGCGCCACUGCACCGCACCGUGGCAGCCCGUUGCACCCGCAGCUCCUUCUGCGGAAGGAUAUAAAGCUUGCCACUACAGUGCGGAGGUGCUAGGCUCGAUCCAAGGGCGUAUGUUCCACAACAUCAUCAAGCAGAGUGGUCGACCGCCUGCAUUAGCACAAGCGGCGUUGCUCCAUCGACGCCACCACACCACCCCAUGGCGUGGGGAGUUCUCGGCCUCAACUCAGGGACGGCCCCGCAACAGCAUCAAGAUCAAUGUUCAACCCCCUGGCAUCCGUCUCCCUCGGCGCUACUUCAGCACUCAGGCCCCAUCGAGAUCUGUUAGCUACUUUUGGUUUUUGUGCAAGGUCACGGCAGCGGCAGCUUUCAUCAACAUCAUGUGGUCGUUUGUCUACCACACCUAUCUCGUUCAGAUUCCGUACACCAGCCGCACCCCCAUCUUUCAGCUUGAGACUGUGCCCUAUACCAACCGGAUUCAUUUUGUCAUUCGCUCCCCCCAAGACGACCGCGAGUAUGCGGAGUCUUGUUUUGCUUUUGUCAGGAAGAAUCACUCAUCCAAGUUCCUUAGCCCACUCCACCCCGACAGUGUCCGUGUCAAUCUUAUCACAGCGCAACUUCUCCGUGCUGUUCAGCGUGGCCUUGACAUCAAGAACCGUGAUGUGGCCUUGGUUCAUGAAUCCUCUUGCAAACAUGUGAGCUUGGAUGCCAGGCAUGCAAUUGAGAGCAAGAAACAAGGCAAGUUAUGCAAAUCACAAUCACAAACAGCGCACCUUGAUGGGUUAGCCUGGGAGGUGAUUGUUGUUAAAAAUGAUAGGCAUGUUGGUGCAAUGUCGUGGCCCCAUGGCAAGAUUAUAGUAUUCACUGGAUUGCUCAACCAUCUGCAGACGGAUGCUGAAAUUGCUACUAUUCUUGCGCAUGAGAUCGCGCACAUGGUUGCCAGACACUCGUCAGAGUCAAUCGUCUACAAAAAGUGGUUUCCCUUUCCCCUCAAAGUGCACUUCAUAAGAAGGAUGGAGAUAGAGGCAGAUCGCAUGGGAAUGCUGAUAAUGGCUGCUGCUGGUUUCGAUCCACACAUAGCCCCUGUGGUUGCUGAGAAGCUAGUAGGGAAUGACAUAUAUCAUCCUUCGGGGAAGAAAAGAGCACGGCUUUUAUCUAGGGCAAAGGUCAUGGAUGAGGCACUGGAAUUAUAUAGAGAAGUUAUGUCGGCCAAGGCACCAGAGACUCAUCCUGCUACAGGUGCAUAG